ACACUCACACACAGUGGGCUUAAGCAAAGAAAUGCUUCAGCGCCAAGUCUCUCAGACUCCUGAAGUAGGAGCGAAUCAGUAGGAGCUUCUGUACCAGUUAUCAAAGGAGAAGAGAGCCUCCCUCAGGAAUUGACCGCUUGCAGAGCCCGGCCAAAAACGCUCCAGAUUAUGGACUGCCUCUUCGUGCAGCGACGUUUGGAACUUUUCUGAAAGGAAUCAGCAAUGCCACACUGAAAACCAACUCUGAACUCUCACGUUGAAUGGCUUUUUGCAGUUGAAAUGCACCGACAUUGCAAUUCGUUGUAAAGGGUUUUGUUUCCUUUUUUCCGCAAAACGUACUCAGUGAGUUUUCUGUGGAAAUAAUACAACCUGAGACUUUCUGUAAUAUAAAAGUGAGCUGCGCUUUGCGAUAUCAUCUGGAAAGAUAAAUGGGUGUUAAUUCAUAAGCUGGUAUCCAACGGCUCAUCUAAGCUGUGGACAUUUUCAAGUGCACAUAUACCCUGCUGGAAUACCACAAGUGACUGACUGCCCAGACUUUUUCCCCACAGUUAAUGGACUGUGCGCCCUGGGGACUUUUGUCAAACCUGAGAGCGUCAGGCGACGUUGAGAGAGACCACGUUUAUAAAAGCGGUGCGUAAAAAUAACAUUGGCCAAGGGAGCCCUUUUUGCCGGGCGCAUGACAUUUAAAACUUGGUGAAGUCCUCUUUUGUGCGCUCUUCUCUCUCUCGGGACGCGCCGGAUCUGUUCUGUCUCUUUAGAAAACACUUCAUUCCAUGCUGCUCUCUCCUCGGCCGCUGUCAUCCAGUGUAGACAGUUCGUCGUGGCUUCGAGUCCCCGGGGUAACCAUGACAACCGAGAGAAACCCUAAGUGAAUCCAAGGAGCGGGGUGAGGCAGAAUAGCGCUUGAAUAGGCUAGAGUUUUUUCCUGUUUUGUGCUUUUUUCUUGUUUAGACCUAACGCUUGCUGUAAAGCAAGGGACAUCUCUCACUGCAGAGUUGCAUCAGCGGACAAAUUGCAAAGUUGAAGAGCCCUAAAAAGCAAAGCACUCCGCUCCAUGUCAUUCAAACCCGACGUGAUCUAUUAAAAGUAUCGCCUUGCUGGUGACUGAACUUCUACUAUUUAUGAAGUCCCGGGCUACUCAUUGUAGACAACAUAGUAACCGGGAUCACAACUGACUUAAUUUUUACGCGAGAAGAGUCGCUGUACAGAACAAGAGGAAUAAUGGGCCUCUCACAAACGCUACUCGUUUACGUGCUGGUGUGCGUUCACCUUGGAGUUUCCCAACAUUUCCUUCGCCUCCGUCCAUCACCCAGUGAUCACCUUCCCGUCCCAGACCUAAAGGAGGAUCCCGAUCCGGAGUACGACCCCCGAGAGCAGGACUUGGCCGAGAGGACUCUGAGGAAAAAACUCGGCAGCAACUUUGACCCCAACUUCAUGUCCAUCAGCUCGCCCAUGCAGGUGAACCUCUCAACAACAGACAACCAGAUGAAGUUGCUUGGGCCCAUGCCUAACGAGAUUAAAAAGCUGGACCUCACAGAGACCCCCUAUGGAAAGCGGGUAAAAGUGGGCAAGAAAGCCCGCAGGAAAUUCCUGCAGUGGCUGUGGACCUAUACGCACUGCCCUGUGGUGUACACCUGGAAGGAUUUGGGCGUGAGGUUCUGGCCACGUUACAUCAAGGAGGGAAACUGUUUCUCUGAGCGCUCUUGCUCCUUCCCUGAAGGGAUGUCAUGCAAACCCGUCAAGUCAAUCACCAAGAUAUUCCUGCGGUGGUAUUGCCAAGGGUUUUUAAAACAGAAAUACUGUACGUGGAUACAGGUGCAAUACCCAAUCAUCUCAGAGUGCAAGUGUUCAUGUUGAUUUUCUCUAAGGAAGUAGCAGAGGUCGACGGGAGAAUGGUUUGGAAAUACGGUUACUAUUGCACUGUUAACUCUCUACAGAGGUGGGCACCAUAGCAAAUCUAUUUUUUUAUAUAGCAUUUUAAGUGAAAUACCAACAUUGUACAUAUUUAAGAAAAUGCAGCUAUUUUUUCUAAUUGAACCAGGACCAUAUUUUAUUCUCAACCCUGAAAUGUUUUCUGGGGGGAAACAGGAGCACUUCAUAAGGAAGAGCUUUUUUUCCUUUUUUUUUUUUUUUUUUUUUUUUUUUGAUAUUUUAUGUGAGACUUUGAAGAUGGAAUCCAUAAUAUGCUACACUUCUCCAAGAGGUGAACUUUUGGACAACUGAACAUUGAAGUUGACUUUCAUUUCACUGCAAUGCUGCCUAGAGUUUUUUUCCCUUUCCUUUUUUUUGUAUAAUAUUAAUAUCAGUAAUAAUUAAAUUGUAAAAAAAAAAAAGAAAAAAGUUGAGGUUAAAGAUAUAUAUAAAGGCGUGAACUCAGCUUUUUUUGGAAUACAUAGUAUUGUAGGAAUAAACAAAUCUGUACGUUUUAUUUAUUAUUUUAACGAUUUGUGAGUAUAGAGCAUAAGGAAAGAGAAUAGCAAAGUAUACCUGAAAAAAAAAAACACGGGAGAUGUCUACUUGAAUAUUUCUAAAAAUGACAAAAAAAAAUUUAAAUAAUAUUAAUAAAGGAAAAAAAAGUAAGACAUAUCAGUGUUCAUGUUAUGGUUACAUG